GAAAUAGUAAAUGAUUUAUAAUAUUGCAUUGGAAAACGAUAUAAUCUGAUUACGCAAGAAAGAUAUCUAGUCUAAUUAUAACGUUAAUUAUUAUUCGUUAUAAUUGAUCGUAAAAAUGAUAAAUCUUAUCGAGCUUACAAAAUUAUUAUCAAGGUACACAUAUAUGCAUCGAGUACAAUCGUUUUAACAAGAUCUAUGCGCGAAGAAAAUUGUGUGUAGGAUAUAUACGACUUUACGAAGGAUUGUGGUUAAUUCAUAGUGAAGGAUAUAAUAUGUCUAACUGACAAGAAGAAGCCUUGAGAGAUAAGAAUUCGACAAAUUUAUGUCGUAUAUCUUUAAGUUGUUCAUUAGCAUUCUUGGUAAAUAAAAGAUUCCAGGUGAUCGAUGCAUGUUUCAAUUCAAUAUUUCAUUAUGCAAUUUUGCUUAUAACGUUUUUAUAUGAGUACUUAAUGAAUAUUACAAAAUUUAUAUUAAAAACUGAAAUAUAUUUUCAGCAGAAAAAUUCACUUAUAAAAAUUUCAUAAGCUUUUAUGAAAUAUACGUACGUCAAAAAAAUGAUUUAGAUAUCAAUAUGGCGGUCGAGUCUGAGAACGUUUUCACGAAUGCAUACACGUACUCACACUCGUACAUAUAUGUAUGCGUAUCUACAUAGAAGAAAUACAGCGUGCAGCGUCCGCAUGGGAGUUGUGCAAUCGCGACGCGCGUACACGCGACGUAAUACGGAUAUAAUUGUUGAACACGAUUGUAUAAUACGGCUUCGAAUGUGGAUCCAGUCAUUGCCGGAACGUCGUUCCGAUGUCAUGCUCAGUGUUAUUCGUCCCGACAUUUUGUCACAUUCUCAAUCUGUAAAAAUAUUUAGAUCGAAACACGAACUUCGCUAGAGCGUAACCUUCCCAUGAACGGAUUCUCCGAUGUCGAAGAGAAAACAACGUUUGCUACGAGAGAAAAGUUUCACGAAUCUACUCGGAAAUACUUUCUAUAAUUUGUAGGAUACAUAUAUAUCUAUGUGAAGAUUCUUUCCGAGAAAAUUAUUCUAUUUUUUUUUAUUUUUUUUUAUUUCUUUUCUUUUCAUUUUUUUUUAUACAUGAACAAUUUGACGAAGUUAAUUGAAAAACUUUAAAUUGAGUGAAUUUUUGAAGUGAUCAUUGAUAUGAAAAACACUUUGGAAUGGAAGAAAAAAUACUUGUGCAACUUGUUUUUAUCUUCCUCUAUGAGAUAAUUGGAUUUCUUUGAAAUUGAAAUGAACGAAGUGCGUCAUGUCUGGACGAGCUUACGAUCAUCAUCGAAAAGCUCGACUUUAAAUUCUAAUAUGAGUAACGAAGGUAAUCGAGUUUCAACGACGACUUGGUACGAUAUACCAGCACCGAUAAUAAUACAUUGUCGUGAUUUCCGUGAGAACGAAGUUGAGAUGAUUAAUGAGAAAAUGGAAGAUCGAAAGUGUCAAGAAGAUAAUGAGAAACCUAUGUGUGUUUCUUCGAUUGUUUCGAACGACAAAAUUCAUGUCGAAGAAGCUUUGUAUGAAAACAAUAUGAAUAUAGCUAUACAAGAUAACUCGAAAGAUAUUCAGGAUGAAUCGAGAUUAUUGAAGAUUAUCUCUAACGAUUUGAAAACAACCGAAGAAACUUCGUUGGAAGAUAAAAAUAAGAUACACAGUAGUAGCGUUGAAUUAAUGGCAACGACUUUCGUGAAAACCGACGAGCAUGGAAUGCCAACGAUAAGUUUCAGCUUUCUUCAAGGUGAUGAAUUACUCGAAAGGAAUACUCAAGAGAUAGAUGAAAUUUCAAUGGAAGAUAAAAACGAUGUUAUCGAGGAAUCGACUCUGGAUCGAUUAUACGAUUUUCCUAAAAAAUCUUCUAAUAUCAAUAACGAUAACGAAACGACGAAAGACAACGAACGUAAGAUCGAAGAAAAUUCUGAGAAUGUAAUUAGCGAGUUAUAUGAUAAACCAAAAGCAUUGUCGAGUCAAAAAUUAAUCGACGUUACGAAAAAAUCGGAUAACGAUAUAAUUGAUAAGGAGAUUAUUAUCGAAAAAAAAUUUAUUCGUACUGCGAAUAGAUUACAUGGAUCUUCCGUUAGAUCCUUGAAAUUGAGAAAACAUAAGAAGACUUCUGAAAGUGAUACCGGAAUUACUUCAACGUCUGGUUGUUAUUCGGAUCCUGAAUGCUCGAACGAUACUGCGUCUAACGUAUCACGUGGUCGUCUGAGAUCAGAGAAACGUAAGUUGGGUAAGGCUUGGGGUAAAAUGAGGAGUUGGUUAAGAGACGAGAAGAGCAAACUCAGUGAAGUUAUUCAGCGACACGCUCGAAUGCAAAACGUCGGUGCGAUGAUCAGUGACCCUAACGAUGAUCAUGAUUUAUCUUUCAAGGACACCAAGUUGAGCAAGGGCAAGAGAUAUGCUUCUUAUGAUCUAACAAAAGCUCGAACUCAAGAAUUAGGUUCUAUCACGAGAGUCGAAGAGUUUGGUUUCUCUUCGAUAACGAAGGAGACCAAUGACGAUCAUGAUAAUUCAUCGAACGUUAACAGACAUUCGAAUUCAGGCUCACCAAACUCUGAUAGAAUUUUUAUCGAUGAUAUGAAUCCGGAAGAAAACAUGAUCGUAAGCAGAAGGAAUGUAUUCUGUAAGACCGCUAGCUCGGAUGAUAUCCUUGGUAAUGGAAAGAGGAGUUCGCUUCUACCUGUCUCGUUCAGCAUGGACAAACUCUGUUCCGAUACGGAGAACGAUGAGACUUGUAUUGCUAGUACCGAGCUCGAAACGACAAGGGAUCGCGCUGGGAAAGGCGGCAUGAUUAAGAGGAGAAUGUUGGGGUCAAUCAGAGGGUUAAUGGCCUCCACUCAUCUCCUACAGACGACCAACGAUAUUCACGAAGAGGGCGGCCAAAGUGGAUUCGAAGAUAUUCGGAGAUAUGUUAAACAAGGUGGAGAUUUUUGCAAAGAGUUGGCUUCGAUUCUUCAUGAAAGGGCUGAACUGGAAGCUACGUAUGCUAAAGGGCUAAGUAAAUUAAGCAGUAAAUUAACUAAGGCUUGUUCCAAAGAUCAAAGUGGAAACAGCAAUGGAGGUGUGAACGAAGCAUGGAGGUGUGUCGGAGAAGAAAUGGAAGCUGCUGCUGAAGCCCACAGAGUAUGGGGCAUUGCGUUAGGCGAACAAUUAGCAAAACCAUUGAGAGUGGGUGUAGCAGAGGCUCAAGGUCGCUCGAGAAAAUCAAUUGAAAAUUCUGUGGACAAAGCUUUAAAGUCUCUACAGGAAUGGCGUAACAUCGCUUCAAAGACCAAGAAGCAAAGUUUUGCUUGUGCAAGAGAGAACGAAAGGCUGCAGGAUUUGGCAAGACUGCAAUCUAUUAGUCAAAGCCAACAAAAUAAUAAUAAAUCAUCUAAUCAUCAUAUGACAGAAAAAGAAGCGAAUAAAUUAGAAGCUAGGAGACGAAAAGCUGAAGAUUCUUCUCGUAGGGCCGACACAGAAUUUUAUACGGUAAGCGUAAGAGCUGAAAGAGCUAGAUUGGAAUAUGAAAGUACAGUAAAAAAAGGAUCUAAACAAAUGGAACUCCUCGAAGAAGAACGUUUGAGUGCUUUGAAGGAUCUUGCCAAUGUAUAUUUGGCACAUUUGCAGGCACUUGCUCCUCGUUUACAACAAAGUGCUGAUCGUUUAUCGACACCGAUACGAAACUGUAAUGUAUCUCAAGAUGUGGAAAUUUUGAAGAAUCUUAUACGUAGAACGGAAAGUAAUGAUAUAGUCAAUGCAGAACAGCUACUUCCAGAUUUUUAUGCAGAACAUAUAACGUUGGCAAUGAACAGAGAACGACGAAAACAAUCAUUGGUUAGAAUUCUGCAUUUAAUAAGACAAGAUCUAGAAAGAGAAAGGCGAGGAAGGGAAGGAUUGGAAACUUUACAUAGAGCUUUUAUCAAGACACCUGCAUUCGCGGCUGAUGAAAGUACACAAAAUGUUACAGACAAAUUACAUCAUAUGCGUUCUAUGUUACUAUAUUUGGAAGCUGCAAGAUACAAGGUUGGUGGGACAUUAGCAGAAGUUGAAGGUAGCAAAAGGAACAAGCAUCCUCUAGCAGAACACAUAUUAGUUUCUAGAGAUAAACAAGGACUUCAGCAAAGCGUUCUCAAGAUUCCUUCUUGGGCAAGGAAUGAAUCUUUUGAGAUACAAGAUAUUGAUGAUGAAAUAGACGUACAUUUGGUAAAGGGACAUGAAACUGAAAAUCGAGACUGGACAGAUAGGACGGCUGGUGAUGGUAAUUCAGAAAAUCCACCAGAUGAAGAAGAUUUUAGCGAUUUUGAUGAAUUCAGUAGUCAUUCAGAAGAUAACAAUAAUCAAGACGUUGACGUUACGGUUGUAACACCUAAGUCAGAUAGUACGGAACAGUGCAGGGCAAUAUAUCAUUAUGCUGCAAAUCUUAACGACGAAUUAAGUCUGAAUCCUGGUGACUUAAUAACUGUUCAUCAAAAACAGGCAGAUGGCUGGUGGAUAGGUGAAUGCAAAGGACGAACUGGUAUAUUUCCUGCUACAUAUGUCCAAGUAAUACAUUAAAAGAUGUUAUCCAUCACACAAUGUAUUUUGAUGAUUUUUAUUUAUCAAAUACCAAGGAACAAAGUGCCAAUGAUUAAAAAUUAAAACGGCGAUAUAAACGCACAAAAUACGUGAUUAAACCAUAAUUAGCUCAAAAUGUAAAAUUAUAUUAAUGUUACCAACCAUGUUAUAAGAAUAUAACAGGUACUUGUGCAGUAACAAUUCUUAGUGUCCUUAUGCAAUUUGUUUUCUUUACAUUUAUCGCAAUAUAAUUUGAAUGAUUUUAUAGCACUAUGAGCUAACUGGUUAAAUCCUUUGUCAUUAGAAAUUGUAUAUAAAGUAAUAUAAAUGUUGCCAAUUGUAAAUAUUAGUCAAAAUAUAAUUUAAAUGCGAUACGUACAAGUAUGAACGCUAUAUAUAAAUAGAAUUUUUAAGAUAAAAAAUGCAUUUAUUUACGAAAAUAAUAUCUGUAUAUAUGUUAUGACCUUUCCAUUGUUUGUCAUUAUUCAUGAUGCCCGCCCGUAUUAUGGACCCUGCCCAUAACAUAUAUAAUAAAAUUAUGUAUUUCUCUU